AUGUGUAGUAAAGCAAAGUUCCCAAAAAAGGGGAAUGACCCCAAGUCGAAUAAAGAGGUACGGACUGGCAAAGGUGGAGGACACUAUGACAUUCAGGGAAGUAACGAAAAGAGAGUCCAUGACUCGGACGAUGAAGAGUAUGAUGAAUUUGGUCGGAAGAAAAAGAGGAAGAUAGUAGAUAAGGAUGUCAAAAAGGACAAGGAUAGGGGCGAUAAUGACACGAGCAGGGACGCAAGUGGCUACAGCAACAACAGAGAGUCCUUCUACAAAAAGGACACGUACAGAAGCAGACACUUUAAUCGCUCCCGGUCGAGGAGUUUCACGUCAAGUGAUUACCAAAGAGGUGGCGGUGCAGGCGGAGGCAGAGGCAGAGGUAGAGGUAGAGGCGGCUAUUACAAGAAUUACUACGACCGGAGGAAGCAGGACGGGGGGUACAGCGCCGGUCGGUACGAUGGAGGCAGCAGGUACGAUGGAGGCAGCAGGUAUGAUGGAAGCAGUAGGCAUGAUGGAAGCAGCAGGCAUGAUGAUCGAAGCAGGCAUGAUGAUCGAAGCAGGCAUGAUGACCGAAGCAGGCAUGAUGACCGAAGCAGGCAUGAUGACCGAAGCAGGCAUGAUGACCGAAGCAGGCAUGAUGACCGAAGCAGGCACGAUGGCCGAAGCAGAUACGACGACCGAAGCAGGUACGAUGGCCGAAGUAGACAUGAUGAGCGGAACCGCCAGGGCGACAACCGGCACGACGACGGCAGCACGCACGAGCGAAAACCGAACUACGACAGUGAUAGGCAGCACCAAGACAGGGCGGGCAGCUCCGACGAGGCGGAGAAUGACAGGCGAGCCGAUUACGACCGAAGGAGGUAUAAACGGGACUAA